CUGGCAACUUUAGGGACUUAGGGGACAGCUGGGGACUUAUAUCAUGAGAGCAAAUAUGAGGACUCAAGCAGAUGGCGGUGGAGCCAGAAAAAAAAUAUAAAUACACUCAAGCAAGGAGGGAGUUUUGCAAAGUAGUAAGAGAGUUUUAACUUUGAGCUUUCUGUGCUCAAUUUAGAUCCAUUUGAUGUUCUUGAAAACAGAUCAAAUCUAUCAUCAGAGGGAGAAGGGGAAGGCGGACACUAAAAGCAGCAUUAAUGAUUCAUAAGUACCAUGUGAAGGAUAAAAGAAGGCCGCCUUCAUCACAUGAUCCAAUUUCAUGACUUAUGUUAUAGGGUUAAGAACAGAGUCCGAUGGGCAAGACUUCACAGAGGAAGCAACGUGACUGUGAGAACCCAGCAAAGCCAAAGCCUUGUUUAAACACUUCAAUCCCCUUGAGGAUGUCCAGUUAUACUUUCAAGAGGCCAGUCACUAGAAUCACAUCCCAUCUGAGCAAUGAGGUAAGAUACCAUCAGUGGGAGGAGACCUUGGAAAAGCCUGAACAAGCCUGCUGGCAGAAGAGACUGCAAGGACUCCAGGCCUGGAGCAGUACAGGAGAACUUUUGAGCACUUCAGAUAUUGGCAAAGCUCUGCAAGACCUUACACCUAGAGACACAGAUGCAUCUGUUUCAGGGACUCAAGCCCACAGUAUUGACCCCAGGCCCAUGUCCACCCCUGAGUCAACUUCACAUUCAGAGAAGACGUUUCCAGAAGGAGAUAUCCCACAGAUACUUGGCAAACAGUUUCUGGUCACUGAAGAGGAUAUUAGCAACCAGGAAAGGAAAGUGAAAAUAGCAAGAGAAAGACUGGCAGUUGCACUGAUUAUACACAGGUUAGCAAAUGAGGCAGAGAAAGUGAGGGGGCCAAGAAAGUCAAACUUAUAAACAUUCUGGGGGCUUGCUGGGGAGAUACUACAGGUGAGAUGGGGGAAUGGCCGUGUUUGAACACCUCUUUGAGGUGUCUUUUGUUGUUUUGAGAUCUUGAAACUUUAAACAUGACAAUGGUUUAUUAAAAGU